CUACAUACCUCGCAUGAGGAUCAGCCCUUCGGACGUCUGAUCAAUUUCCUCCCAGUACUUCAUCCGACCACUUUCUCAAUUAUUCCCAACACCCGUCUUUACUACAACCGCAUCUGCGUCGACAUCUCUUAGCACAGUGCGCAGCAGUAUCAUUCCAAUCGUUCCGAGACUCCCAAUUGCAACGCAGCAAUGGCAACACCCAAAUUCAACUCCAAAUCCCCCACCAUGAAAAGAAUCCGUAUGUUCCGCGUCCCGGAAUGAAAACAAGAGAACGAAUGAACUAACAUAUCUCGAAUAGUAAAAGAAGCCCAAGAACUAGCGCAAGCCCCCUCUCCCGAUUAUCACGCCUCCCCCGCUUCCGAAGACAACAUCUUCGAGUGGCACUUUACCCUCCGUGGGCCCCCCUCUUCAGCAUACGAAAAAGGCAUCUACCACGGUCGCAUCAUCCUCCCACCUACCUACCCUCUGCGUCCCCCAUCCUUCCGUUUCCUCACCCCAUCCGGCAGGUUCGAGGUCAACCGCGAGAUCUGUCUCAGUAUCUCCGGACACCAUGAGGAGACGUGGCAGCCGGCUUGGGGCAUCCGGACGGCACUCGUGGCGCUGAGGAGUUUCAUGGAGACGGACGCGAAGGGGCAGCUUGGGGGAUUGGAGGUUCCGGAGAAGGAGAGGCGGGGCAUUAGUGAGGGGACGGGGGCGUGGAAGUGUGGGGGGUGUGGGAGGACUAAUGGUGAGAUUUUGAGGGAGUGUGAGGAGGCUGCGAGAGAGUUGGAGGCGAAGGGGCAGAAGAAGGGGGAGGUGGAGAUUCCGAAGGAGCUGAAGAUGGGAUUUAAGGAUGAGAUGGGGAAGAAGGAAGAGGGGAAGGGGAGCAAGGAUGUAGAGACGGAUGCUGAGCUCGCGGAGGGGUUUGUGCAGACUGCGACGGAGACGCCGUCCUCUACUACUCCCCCUUUGAAUUCAAAUACCAACCCCAACGGAAACACAAUCUCAACUCCCUAUCCUCCCGCCAGAUCGGGGCAAACUGUUCCCCAACCUACUGGCACAGCGUCCUCAUCGAAUCCACAGAGAACUACACUCGCACCAGCUUCCCAAAAUCUUGCACAAAGAGGAAGGAAUUCCGAUGGUGUCCCGAUGUGGCUUGAUCGCGCCAUUGCGGGGGUGUUCAUCCUGCUUGUCGCGAUGGUCACGAAGAUUAUGCUUGGGUUAUGA